AUGAUGAGCGAGACAACAGGGUUUGUAGAGUUUGUAGUCUCAAACAAAGUAUUCCAGACAUGGUACAAGGUAGUUGGGGACCUUUCAAGCUCGAGACGACGGCCAUUAGUCGUACUACAUGGUGGCCCUGGCCUAACACAUGACUAUAUGUUGCCUCACCGCAAACUCUCAGAGGAAGGUAUACCUGUGGUUUUCUUCGACCAGCUUGGCAGUGGAAAAUCGUCUCAUUAUCGCGAAGCUCCCAUCGACUUCUGGAAACCUGAGCUAUUUGCGGAUCAGCUCGAUGGUCUAGUUCAACAUUUAAAAAUUAGCGACAACUUUGAUCUUUUGGGUCACUCCUGGGGAGGCUUUUUAGCUGCAUAUUAUGCCGCCAAUCGACCUCACAGUGGCUAUCGCUCUUUAAUUCUGGCAAAUGCACCCGCAUCAAUCCAUCUUCUUGAAAAGGGCCUCAACCUUCACCUUGACCAGUUUCCAAAAGAAUUUGCAGAUAUGAUGCGGAGACACGAAUCAGAGAAUACCACCAACUCUCCCGAAUACUCCAAGGGGAUAUCACAGUUUGUAUCAAAACAUCUUUGUUCUCUGAGUCCCUGGCCGCAGGAGCUCAGAGAUUCAUUUGCUGCGAACGGGAAAGAUCCAACCGUUUCUAAUUCCAUGAUGGGCCCGUAUCAAUUCAAGAUAACUGGCACUCUGCGCCCGUACUCGACAAUCGAUCAGCUGGGUAACAUCAAAGUCUCAACUCUGGUGAUUCAUUCUCCCUUGGACGAAGUACAUCAAAUUGCCAUACAGCCAUUUUUAAAGCAUAUCCAGCGUUGUGAACUACAAGAGCUACGUAAUAGCACCCAUCUACCCAUGUUCGAGGAACCCGACAGGUACUUCGCAACAUUGUCAUCUUUUCUUUCGAAGAACGCAUAA